AACCCGGAAAAAUUCUAUCAUCUGGUCCCACCACAACACGUUGCUCGUGUGAGACAGGGUAGUCCUCCGGAUGAACGCUUGAUUUUAUGAAGCUGGUAUGUAGUAUUGCUGCUGUAUUAGUAAAUACAUCUAAAGGAGUUCACGGUUCAGUCGCAGCUCGUCGGAUCAGUGCAGAGAUGUUUAAAGAGCUCAAGACAAAAGUGUUGCGUCUGUUACCGCCGACCUCCAACGGACCGACGGUCCAUCGGGACGAGACAGAUGGUGCUGAAAUCCUGAGUUGCACAGUAAAGGCCCUGAAAGAGGGUCACAUUGUUGCGGUGCCCACAGAUACCAUCUACGGCCUGGCAUGUCUGGCCCAAAACUCAGACGCCGUCAGAAAAACGUAUGACACUAAAGGACGAAACGGACAGAAGCCGCUGGCCAUCUGUGUAGGGGAAAUUCAGGAUAUCUAUAAGUACUGCAAGGUGAAGGUGAAAAAAGAGCUGUUAGGUGACCUGCUCCCUGGUCCUGUCACCCUGGUGUUUGAAAGGUCUGAAGAACUGAACACAGACCUGAACCCCUUUACCUCACUUGUAGGUGUACGUAUCCCAGAUCAUCCCUUUAUGAGGCAACUUUGUCAGAUGUGUGGGGAACCACUGGCACUCACAAGUGCCAACAUCAGCUCACAUACCAGCACAGUGGAAGUACAUGAGUUCCAGGAGCUCUGGCCCAAACUAGCUGUGGUUGUUGAUGGUGGACCGAUAGGAGACCAGAGCCGCCUCGGAUCAACAGUAGUCGACCUGUCAGUACUCGGCAAAUACAGCAUCAUCAGACCAGGGUGUGCCCUUUCUUCUACGGUUGAUGUGCUCGAGCGCAAAUAUGGACUGUCAGAGCUCUCUGGGGAAGAAUGACCUUUGAACUCUCCACACUCCAAAAAUCACGCACAACCAGCUCUGACCCGGGGCUACUUGGGAGAAGAUGAAUCCAUGAAUCAGCCUUUGCCGGGGAAGACUGUAUCUCAGGAGGACUGAAACUGCUGAUGGACGAUUUUGUUCCAGUGGCAGCUUCAAAGUCUUGGGUAUCUUUCCUUAUGUCUUAGAUUAGCAUAUUUUGUAUAUGUUUCUGUCAUUACAUUAUUUGGGAGUUUAAGCUUUAAACUAUCAUUUAUACAGAAAUAGGUCAGCUGUAUAGUACUUUAAGUAAUGUGGUCAUGGGAGAAAGAAUGGUUUGAGCCAGCCUUUUCGCAACACGAUCAGAACUGUAGUGAACACAUUUUAAUGGUCUGAUUGAAUCUGUGUGAUAUAAUAAAUCAACUUUAUUUAAGAGGGCUGUAAACUGUUGUUUGUUUGUUUGUUUGUUUGUUUGUUUGUUUUUUAAUCUUUUUUUUUUUUUUUUUUGGUUUGUUUUUUAAUAAUUUUUUUUCUGGCAGCGUGAAGAUUGCACUUCAAUUGUUAGCAUCAACACUUGCAGUAAAUCCUGUUUUACAGUGUAGACUACUAAUACUGGCACAUUUGGGUUGUUUCGGUUGGCACAUGGAUAUAAUUUGUAGAAUUCCUCUCAUUUGAAUGUUAAUAAUUGGAGUACAUGAUUAAAUCUUCAGUGUCUGAUUGGACCUUGAUUAACAGAUGGUACAACAUUGGCAAAUCCACAAUAAAAUUACAUAUUUUU